AUGAAAAUAUCAAGUGACAAUUUAAUUAAUGAAACAUUAAGUGAUAAUUUAAUUAACGAAACAUUAAGUGAUAAUUUAAUUAAUAAAACAUUAAGCAAUAGUUUAAUAAGCAAUUGCUUUAUUAAUGAAACAUUAAGCAAUUGCUUAAUUAAUGAAACAUUAAGCGAUAGUUUAGUUACUUAUAA